CAGAAAAGAUGAGGUUUUAAGGACUUCUAGAUAUUAAUGCUGAGAGAAGAUGAGCUUUUAUGACAAUCACCACAGAGACACAUAAAAGAGGGGAGAUUGGAGAUGGAGCGGAGGUGCAAAGUAUGCGUCACCGGCGGUGGUAGUUAUAUUGGCUCUUUCCUCGUCAAGAAGCUUCUGGAAAAGGGCUACGCUGUCCAUUCAACGCUUAGAAACCUGAAGGACGAGUCCAAGACAGGGCUUCUGAAAGGCUUUGCUCAAGAAAAUGCUAGUUUGGUGUUAUAUGAAGCAGACAUAUACAAGCCAUAUGAGUAUGAGCCUGCAAUUCAAGGCUGUGAGUUUGUCUUUCACGUUGCUACUCCUUACGAACAUCAAAGCGAGUCUCAGUUUAAGAACAUGAGUGAAGCAGCAAUAGCUGGAGUAAAAAGCAUUGCAACAUAUUGUAUUAAAUCAGGAACAGUGCGACGACUGAUUUACACUUCCUCCGUGGUUGCUUCUUCUCCGCUUAAAGAUGAUGGGACUGGCUUUAAAGAUUUCAUUGAUGAAACUUGUUGGACGCCUCUCAACCUUUCAUUUGGCCCUCAUAAGAGCUACACUGAUUCGAAGACACUGGCUGAGAAAGAGCUAUUGAGUUAUGGAAAUGGUAAAAAUGGCGAUGGACUGGAGGUGGUAAGUCUGGCUUGUGGCCUUGUGGGAGGGGAGACUCUUCUCAGUUACACUCCCUUGAGUGUUGCAGUGCUUAUCUCUCAGGUAAAAGACAAUGAAGCCACGUACAUGGCUUUGAAGUUCUUAGAAGAAUUGGAUGGAAAAAUUCCAAUAGUCCACGUUGAUGAUGUCUGUGAAGCCCAUAUCUUCUGCGCAGAGAAUCCAUCAAUAAAAGGCAGAUUCUUGGUUGCAAGCUCAUAUACAUCAUCUGCUGAUAUAGCAAAUUGCUAUUUCCAAACCUAUCCAGAAUUCCAUUUGAAGAAGAAGUAUCUGGAAGGGCCUGAAAGGGCAAUCAAGUGGGCCACGACAAAGCUUAUAGAUAAAGGCUUUGUCUACAAGUAUGACCUCAGGAUGAUAUUAGAUGAUUGUAUCAGAUGCGCAAGAAGGAUGAGCGAUCUCUAGUCUGUACUGAAAUAUAAAUUGUGUUAUAUUAAUUCUGAAAAUGCACCCAAUAAAUCACAAAUCAUUUAUUUAGGUGCUUUUCAUUUUGUUAAUAUGAACAUUGAAUUUCGUCCAAA